AUGGACAACACAGUCUCUUGCCAAGACGCGGACGAUAAAGAUGAAGGUGGAGGCCCAAACGUUUUUCUUGAUCUGUUGCCUGAACAAAUCUUUUACCUUCCCGAACUGGUGACAAUUGAUCCGAUGCCUCCCAGCGCGACAGGUGGUGCCGCACCCCCUGCAGGCUCCUCAUUCGAAGUCUAUCAAUCGAUGGAUGGUACUUCCGGCUUCAUGGACGCAGCUUUCCUGAAUUUCCCAGAGUCUACAGAGAACUACAUGGAUCAUUCAUCUCUCUAG